CUCGCUGCUAGUGCGUGGUGCGUGCUGAGUGCAGUGCGUGGGUGUGUGAACCAAUGAACGAGCGGUGUGAUGAGUGCCUUUAUCAACCAACGCUUGUUACCUUUUUUGUGUACACGUACGUGUGUGUGUGUGUGUGUGUGAAUGUGCGUGUAUGUCUGUGUAUGUGAGAUGGACGGACAGGUGCCUCACACACGCAUACACACACCGACUGACCGAAUUAUGCCCGAGUGAGUGAGACUGCUGGUUCCGUCAGAGAGGUGUGAACCAGCCAGCAUGCUUCAUGCUUCAUGCUUCAUGCAUGGCUGGCUCAUGCUCUUUCCCUUUUUUGUGAGCAUAUGUAUGUCCCUCCUUCCUUAUACAGACAGACAGACAGACACAUGCGUACCUACUUCCUUGGUCAGUCACAGGUGUGUUACGUCAAAGUCAUUCAAUGACCGUGUGUGUGUGUGGGCGUGGGUUGAUGUGGUGGUGGAUUUGGUGCAUCCUCUCUCUCUCCAUGGCAUGUGCGUGUGGGCGUGUGUGCGCGCUCAGUGGACAUCUAUCCAUCCUCCCCCGCUUCAUCCACAUCGAUUAUUGGCCUCUGUACCUAAUUAAUCCUUCUCCUCCACCAAAAUCGCUUGUCUGAAAUUUUCCUCAGUACACUCCAGCCACUCCACUCGAAGCUUUUUCUCACCCAUGUACCACACACGCACCAGAUAGCUCCCCGCGCCCAUCGCAGUCUUCAUCUCCUUCUUCGUCUGCAUCAGCCGCCCUCGACUGCUCGUCUCCCACCCACCCCUCCAGGCACCCGUCUCCCUCCCCCUCAAGUCGCCCUUUAACACAGCCAGCACCUCCUCUGCCCCAUCCUCCCCACGCACCACCACCAGCGGCGUCUCGUCUCGCAGAUGGAAAUCCACCUCUUUUUUGAGGAAGUCCUUCAGCCUGACAGGUUUGUCCUUAGACGUGGCUUGGAACCGGUCGCCAGGGCGGGGGUAGCGCACCAUGAGCUGGUGUGGGGGCUGAAUUGGGACGUCUACCCAAGGUGACCCUUUGCGUGGGUGCCGCAGGGGAUUGAUCCAGAUGAGCGUGCUCAUGCGCCUCUGUUUGAUUCCCACUUUGCCGAUCACCAUGGGUUGCAUACCAUACGUCGCCUGUAAGUCGGGUGUAAGUCGCGGCCUGCAUACCAUACACACAUGUCCAGAAGGAAGCAUUGACGAGAGAAUCGACAUACAUAGCAGUGUGUGUGUGUGUUUGUGUGGGUACCACUUUUUAACCUCCGUCUCGACUUCCAUGGCCCUAUCGACCAGGAGCUCCACCUCCUGACCAUCCCUCCCAAGGCUGAAUGUGUCAUACCCAUGAGGCCGGUCGCCACUCUUCCUCACGCGCAGGGCCGUUCCUUUGUGCUCCGCCUCCCACUGGCCCGGCAGGGCGAACCGCCACACCUGGGGCCCCAUUCUCGUCGGUGUGGCCCACUGGCUGUGCUUUACCUUGGCUGCGAGCUGCUCCAGCACAGUGUAGUCGCAGCUCCUGCCGGUGGAUCGACGCAAAUGCCGGUACAGCACUUCCUGCCAAUGAAGGAAGGCAAGCCGCCAUGUCUGAUGUGAACGUUAUGUGUGAGAUACCGUACCAUCCUGAGCAUGUCUGAGCCGAUGUCGAGCCAGUCCUCCAUGGGCAGCCACACCUGGUCCCAAUCGAGGUACUCCUUCUCCCACUCCACCGCCUCCUUGUCGAGCAGCUCCCGCAGCUGACCACUCUGCCGGCUCAGAGCGCCGAUCCGCCGGAGGAGCACGUCGAAGCCACGAGUGUCAUCCGUUCGUGGUGAUGUUGUGUCGUCGAGAGAAGGGAUGACUAGCCUCUCCAGGAGUGGUAUGAGCAGCAGCCGCACCUGGUUGCGCCGGUACUUUGGCUCGUUGUUGGACGGGUCGUCCCGCCAAGUGAGGUUGUGGUGCUCUAGAAAUCGUUGCAGGUCCCUCUUGGGGAUCUCAAGGAGGGGCCGGAUGAAAGACGUGAUCAUCCAAAGCGGCAACUCCACCUCUUCGGCCGCAUCUUGGAAUGCCAUGGCCCUGAAUGAACGAACCAACGAACAACCACAGCAUAGCAAAACCAUCGCAGACUCGAUCGAUCUCACACACCUGAGGUUGCUGAUAUGCGCCCCUCUGAGCAUCUUCAUGAUCACCGUCUCCACCUGGUCGUCCGCCUGGUGGCCCAGCACCACACUACCAAUCCUGCAUCCACCAGCAUCCGGAUCUACCGAAAGCCGCUCCAUCAGAACCUCCCGCGACCUCUCACGCCGCCACCGUCGAGCCUUCUCCUGCACGCCACUCGUCAAUGUUGACCGCUCUGCAUCGGACAACACCUCCACAGUCGCGUUGAUCCCCAGUGAUUUGGCGAGGUCACAGACGAAGGCGGCGUCCUCUGCCGACUCAUUGCGGAUGCGGUGGUCGAAGUGGAUGGCCUCCAGACGCAGAGGAGGGUCGAAACGCCCCCUCAGUCUGUGCAGGAGGUGCAGCAGGGCCACGGAGUCGACUCCGCCGCUGCAUGAGACGAGCAGGAAAGCGCCAUCAAGAACCCGGCAGUCGUCGCGAAGACGGCUCUCUACACGGUCAAGAAGCGACGAGGUGAAAGCUGUGGCGUUUGCGGCCUCUGGGACAGCAGAACCGGCCUGCGGCAGCGCAUGCUGACGAACGAGCCGUCUUGCCCUUGUGCUCUGUCGGCGGUUGCCGGCAUUUGGGGGGAUCAGGCGGCGCCAAGCGAGCUCUCGGCGGUAUGGAUAGACCUCCCGCUUCAUCAGAGCGACGAGGAAGGCCUGGCAGCGGCAGAACAUGCUGACGAUGGGAACAAUGAGUAGAGCUUCAGAGAUUCGCCAGAUCCUCAUGCAGACGCUCCUCCUCACCAGCCAGAGAGGCUUU